CCCGUUGCCAUAGCGCCGCUGCCGGGAGGGCGGAAGAUGGCGGCCGCGGCGGUGGCGCGGCCGGAGGAGCCGGACGGCUCUUUCCGCCGGUACCUGGAGCGCUUGGGCGCCCUGCGCUCCCAGCCCGGCGCGGAGCGGCCCGACGGCGGCCGCCGCACCGAGCUCCACCUGCUCUUCGACCAGCUCAUCUCGGAGAGCUGCGGGCCGGCGCCGGCGGCCGCGCCCAGCGCCCAGGAUGUUUGUGCUCUGCUUGUCCAAGCCUGUCAGCUGGUUCACCUUGGUCAGGAACAUCUUGUCAGCAAACUUUGUCAGCUCAUCCAUCACUUACUUAACAGAUUUCAGGUGAUGGUUGAUGAACAGAACUUGAAUUUUCUCCUCUCCUACUGCAUCUCUGCUCUUAAGCAGUGCCACUCUUGGACCCACGUGGAAAUUCUGCAAGCCUUAGCAGCUCUUGUUUACAAUAAUGGACCUAAAUGUCAGAAGUAUCUCCCGGAUUUGCUGGGCAAGACUGGACUCCUGGUGCAGUUCAGCCAUUCGGCUCAGCCGGACGCGGAGCUCCGGAGGGCAGCGGUUCGCGGCAUGGCCAACCUGUGUCUCAGCGUGCCUGGGCAGCCGUACUUGGAUGAGCCCUACAGAAAUGUCUGUUUUCAAACUUUUCUCAGUGUGCUGCAGUCUUCAAAAACCUCUGAUGUAGAUGAGAUCACUUUUUGCAUGUUACUACAAAAUGCACUGAAAGGUAUCCAGUCGCUUCUCAACGGUGGGAAGAUGAAACUAAUGCAAACUGACCAAAUUGGAUCUCUUCUUGCAGUAUUAAAGAAAUGCAUGUUUCACGGACUGCCGGGACUGAGCAUAGAAAUGCCCGCAGCCUUGUACCCGGCUCCGCUGCCGCAGUACGACAAGAGGUCGCCCGCCAAACAGGAGCAAUCGGAACCGGCCGCCUUUAAGCAGACGGGGAACCGAAGGAAGAAGUCCAAAGGGAAACAAAAGAAGGGAGAGCUUGCGGAAGAAGGAAGAGAAGGUUUGGGUGAUGCAGGAAACGAAUCAGUGCUCGGAGCCGACAUGCUGAAAUUGCACUUGGGGGACGUGCGGAGCAGCCCCCGCGCAGAGCCCGGGAGCGGCGGUGCGGCCGGGGCCGCCGUGCCCGCGGGGAGGGACCCCUCGUCCUCGCGCUGCGCCGCCUGGAAGAGAAUCAGCAGCAGCGAGUCGGAGUAUUCGGACGCUGAGGGUGGAAUACAGAGCAAAGUGAGAUCUUACCAAGCCAAUGUUCGUCAAGGGGCUCUAGCCUGUUUCCUCUCCACUAUAAAAUCAAUAGAAAAAAGAGUUCUUUACGGAUACUGGUCAGCGUUUGUUCCUGAUGCACCCGGUAUUGGCAGCCCCCAGUCGGUGUCCUUGAUGACGAUUGCUUUAAAGGACCCUUCUCCAAAGACCCGUGCCUGUGCUCUUCAAGUUCUCUCAGCCAUCCUGGAAGGUUCUAAGCAGUUUCUUUCUGUUGCCGAAGAUGCCAGUGACCACAAGAGAGCUUUCACUCCCUUCUCGGUCACUGUCGCGUCCAGCGUGCGGGAGCUGCACCGCUGCCUGCUGCUCGCCCUGGUGGCAGAGUCCUCCUCCCAAACACUGACACAGAUUGUCAAGUGCCUUGCGAAUUUGGUUUCAAAUGCACCUUACAGCCGUUUAAAACCUGGGUUGCUGACGAGAGUUUGGAACCAGAUAAAGCCAUACAUUUGCCAUAAAGAUGUGAAUGUUCGAGUUUCCAGUCUCACAUUAUUAGGGGCCAUAGUAUCUGUCCAAGCACCUUUACCAGAGGUGCAGUUACUUUUGCAGCAGCCCAGUUCCGCAGGGCUGAAUAACAGCGGCAGCGCAACCCCGCACCGCUGGAGCUGGGACGCGUGGAGGAAAGGCCUCCCCUCGGAGGGGGGCACUCCGGAGAACCCAGCGGGGUGUACGGAGCCCUGCUGGCUUCUCCGCCUCUGCGUUUCCAUCAUCGUGCUGCCCAGAGAGGACUCCUGUUCUGACAGCGAUGCCAACUUAGCGUUUUCCAGCGUUUAUGAGCCCUGUCCCCUUCGGCUGGAGGCCUUACAGGUGUUGGCUCUUCUUGUGAAAGGUUAUUUCUCUCUGGCUCAGAGCUAUUUCCUAGAACUUGGAGAAGUGGCUUGCAGGUGCAUGGAAGAAAUGGAUCCAUCCAUUCAGCUUCAUGGAGCCAAACUUCUGGAGGAGCUGGGCACGGGGGUGCUGCAGCAGUACAAACCCGAUUCCGCCGUGUCCCCUGAGCAGAGGGUGCCGCUCAGCCGGGUUGUGACUUUCUGGACGAAGAUGUUAAAUGGCCCUUUACCUGGGAUUCUUCAGAACUCUCCACAUGCGACUCUUCAGACAAGCGCCUGCGAUGCCCUGUCUUCUAUCUUGCCAGAAGCUUUCAGCAGUCUGCAGGACGACCAGCAGAUCCUGUGUGUCACUCUGCUGCUGGGCCUGAACCACAGCGAGAACCCGCUGGUAAAAGCCGCUGCCGCGCGUGCGCUGGGAGUCUACGUCCUCUUCUCUUGCCUUCGGCAGGACGUGAUGUUUGUGGCAGACACAGCGAACGCUAUUCUGAAUUCCCUCCACGACAAGUCUCCGAACGUCCGUGCCAAAGCAGCCUGGUCCCUGGGCAACCUGACAGACACCCUGAUCAUCAACAUGGAAACCAUGGGACAGCGCUUUCAGGAGGAGUUUUCUGAUCUCCUCCUGUUGAAAAUGUUACGGUCUGCGACUGAAGCAUCCAGGGACAGAGACAAGGUAAAGAGUAACGCGGUCCGGGCCCUUGGGAACGUGCUUCAUUUCCUGCAGCCCUAUCACGUAGCGAACCCCAGGUUCAGGGAAGCCAUCGAGGAGUCUCUUCAGGCCCUUAUUUCCACCGUUGAGAGCGAGGCCACGAUGAAAGUGCGCUGGAACGCUUGCUACGCGCUGGGGAAUGUCUUCAAGAACCCUGCCCUGCCCCUCGGAGAGGCUCCUUGGACAACACAAGCAUACAGCGCGCUUUCCUCGGUAGUGAAGUCCUGCAAGAAUUUUAAAGUCCGAAUCAAGUCGGCCAUGGCCCUCUCCGUCCCCAGCAGGAGGGAGUGCUACGGCUCCACCGAGCAGUUCCGCCACAUCUGGGCUGCCUUGGUGGUCGCCUUGCAGAAGAGCGAGGACACCGAGGACUUCCUGGAGUUCAAGUACAGCGCCAGCCUGCGGACACAGAUCUGCCAGGCGCUGCUGCACCUGCUCAGCCUGGCCGGGAGCACGGACCUGCCGCUCAUUUGGGAAAGCAUCACCCGGGACGGGGAUGCGAUCAAAUCCUAUGUCUUGCAAUAUCUGAAAUCUGGAGCUGAAGAAAACGAAGCAGGAACGCACACGGACUCGUGCGAGAGGGAGAGAGUGUUAAAAGGAGCUAUCGAACAUCUGGGUGGGAUAGAGAAACAGCUGGGGGGCAAAGCCAGGCUGAGAGUGUCUGUUUAUCUGGAAGACGUCUUGACGAACCACGCGAAUGCCACUGAAUUAACAGAGGCUUAGAGAGAAACGUGUUUUGGUGACCAAUAACUGACGCUUUGGGCACGGAGCCGAAACGCUGCUCUCCUUUGCGCAGAGCAUCCAGAAGAAAAGUUUCCUGUUGCUGGUGUUAAACAACUUAUGUCAAGCUUACUCAAAUCAUUCAUAAUGCCUGAUGUAAAGAUCUGUGGAACAUAAUUUUUACUUUUUUAAAAAACUUAUUUUAUUUUUAUGUUUAGUGAACUCUUAAACUGUCCUCACGUGGUUUUGUUUGUGCUCUUACCUGUUACAGCGUUACCACUUGGAAAACAAAAGCCUUUUCCUUCUUUGUACAUUUUAUAAAACCCGCCUGUUCUCUGAGCUUAUCUAAAAGCAUUUUGUUACUAUUGCUGCUGUAUUCAAAACGAUGUUUGUAAAGGAGGGGUCUGGAAGAAUUCUGAGAACUGCAAAUGUUGUCAUUCUUGUGUUCCUGCAAUAAACCCAAAUCUGCCAAUA